AUGGCGGACAAGGGAAAAAUCCCGCGUCCGUCGACUUCCAAGCCGAAGACCGCGCCCAAGCCCGUUAAGGCUAAGGCGCAGGCGCGGCCCGCGAGAGUCCGCAGCACAUCAGCCCCCGAGCACGAGCACGAGCCCGAGGUGAGUAAAAUACCUGUUACUCAGCGCCAGGCGGAGCGCGUUGCGACCACGGCUGAUGAGUCGGCGCGAUUACACGCCAGGCUCAUCACCACCACUCCGUUGCAACCGCGCCCACCGAAGAGCGCUAAACCUCGCACUUCCCCUGACGAUUCAGAUCGGGAGGAAAAGAUUCCCAGGCGGGGGCCUACCCCCGCGCAACCAAUAGACAGCGCCGCCGCCGCUCCGGCCGCGGUGCUUGUCCACGACGAACCACCACUCUCCCCGGAUGACGAGCCCCAGCCGGGGCCCAGCACGAGCGGUACGUCUAUGCGUCAAUACUCUGGCGCGGAAAGUAGCGGGGCUGCGACCGAUUCAACGUCGUAUGCGACGUUGGCCCCCGAGGUGGGGGAACGGCCCUGCCCUGCCGUACCGCCACCGAGUUACGCAUCCAUGACGUCCGCUCCACCAUCUCCGAGCGCCGCCAUACCCGAACCUUCCACGCAGCUCACGCAGCCCACACCCACGCCCAAACCGAUGGAGGAGGAUGCCAAGGGCUACCCUCGUAUUAUAGUCGAGUGCUUCCCAGACUGGACGAAGCACUUCGCCGAACUGAAGAAACAGCUCGGCCACGCCCCGAACGCCCGAUCUUUCGGGCGCGUCCACUGCCGCAAAGAAGAAGAGGGGGAGGAAGAAAAAGAAGGCGAAAAGCGAGGCCCAGCAGCAGGCGGCGGC